AUGGACGCCAACAUUCUGAACACCCUCAUAGCUGAUAAGCAGUUCAAGGCGCACGUACAGUUCCUGAAGCUGGCCCGAGACUGCCUGGCCGCCAAUCCUUUGGUCAGCUACUGGGCUCUGUACUACGUUCUCGAACAGGGCAUCAAGACGCCCGUUCAGGAUGACGCUUUUCGCCGCCAGUUGGGCGUCAUUAUGACUGUCCUCGAGAAGGAAAAAAGCUCUCGCAAGGGCGAUCCACUCUUUGACAGUGAAGCCGAGUCGCGCAAAUUCAUUGAAAACUACGCCAAUCAGCUGCUGGAAAAAUCUUCUCGCAAGGGCGAUCCACUCUUUGACAGUGAAGCCGAGUCGCGCAAGUUCAUUGAAAACUACGCCAAUCAGCUGUUGGUUCGCGCCGAGAAUGAAGUUGAGCUGGGUGUCAGUCCGAGCGUCUCUAUCAAGAUUUACCUCUCUGCAGCUCACGUGUCGACGCUGUUGACGCUGUUUGGCGACAACUCCGAGGAGAACACCAAGCGCAUCAAGUACUGCAAGUGGAAGGCGGUGACCAUUGCCAAAGAGGCAAAAAGUGGUGGUGGUGGAGGUGGUGGAAACUCUUCCGGCGGAGGUGGUGGUGGAGAUCUGGAUGAACACAAUGCUCCACCACCGCCUUCCUAUGGUGAUAGUAAUGAUGACUAUGCCGCCAACUCUUCCGCCAGCGACUACAGCAGUGGAACUCGUGGAGGUUUUGAUCGACAGCCUUCAGAGGCGGAGAAGAAGCCUGAAGAGGACGAUGAUGCCAAUAUUGAUUUCGGUAUGUGA